ACGCCUUUCCGCGUAUAUGCGGGUUGUUCGGAGUUCCAGAAUUUUUAGCUUUCUCUUCAAUUUAUUGGCCAUAAACUAGACGCAUUCAUCUUCAGCACCAUGGAAAAGCCUCAGAAAAUGCCCAAGGUGGCAAAGGUAAAAAAUAAAGCUCCAGCCGAAAUCCAGAUUACAGCAGAACAGCUGCUGCGGGAAGCGAAGGAGCGUGAUCUGGAAAUUCUUCCCCCACCGCCCAAGCAGAAAAUUUCCGAUGCCGCUGAAUUAGCCGACUAUCAGCAGCGCAAACGAAAAACGUUUGAAGAUAAUCUACGCAAAAACAGGAUGGUGGUCAGCAACUGGAUCAAGUACGCUCAGUGGGAGGAAUCUCAAAAAGAGAUCCAGCGAGCACGUUCGAUUUGGGAACGAGCAAUUGACAAUGAUCACCGCAAUAUAACGAUUUGGUUGAAGUACGCCGAAAUGGAGAUGAAAAAUCGCCAGGUGAAUCAUGCCAGAAAUCUGUGGGACCGGGCUGUUACGGUUAUGCCACGAGUGAACCAGUUCUGGUACAAGUACACCUAUAUGGAAGAGAUGCUCGAGAACGUAGCAGGAGCGCGCCAGGUCUUCGAGAGAUGGAUAGAAUGGCAACCGGAGGAACAAGCCUGGCAAACUUACAUAAACUUUGAGCUCCGGUAUAAGGAAAUUGAGCGUGCCCGUCAGAUUUACGAACGAUUUGUAAUGGUUCAUCCGGAAGUCAAAAAUUGGAUCAAGUUCGCCAGGUUUGAGGAGGCGCAUGGUUUUAUCAACGGUGCCCGAACGGUUUACGAAAGGGCGAUUGAGUUCUUCGGGGACGACAACGCUGACGAAAGGUUGUUUAUUGCGUUUGCAAAGUUCGAAGAAGGUCAGAAAGAACACGAUCGCGUCCGGGUUAUCUACAAGUAUGCACUUGAUCAUUUGCCCAAGGAAAGAACAGCUGAAUUGUACAAAGCAUAUACGAUUCACGAAAAAAAGUACGGUGACAGAUCUGGUAUAGAGGACGUUAUCGUUUCAAAACGUAAAUUCCAAUACGAACAAGAAGUGGCAGAGAAUCCUACAAAUUACGAUGCCUGGUUCGAUUACCUUCGAUUGGUUGAAAACGAGACCAAUUUGGAACUAAUCCGAGAAACUUAUGAAAGAGCGAUUGCAAAUGUUCCACCAGCAAAGGACAAGAAUCUUUGGAGACGGUACAUUUACCUUUGGAUUAACUAUGCCCUAUACGAAGAACUAGAGACGGAAGAUCUGGAACGAACCCGUCAGAUCUAUAAAACAUGCCUUGAGUUGAUUCCCCACAAAGUAUUCACUUUCAGUAAAAUCUGGCUAUUGUAUGCUCAGUUUGAAAUUCGUUGUAAAAAUCUCACUGUGGCCAGGAAGACACUUGGAAUGGCUAUCGGGAUGUGUCCUCGAGAUAAACUAUUCAGAGGAUACAUCGAUUUAGAAAUUCAGCUUCGAGAGUUCGAUCGUUGCCGUAUAUUGUAUGAAAAAUUCCUGGAAUUUGGACCGGAAAACUGCAUUACCUGGAUGAAGUUUGCCGAGCUCGAGUCCCUGCUUGGAGACAUCGAUCGAGCGAGGGCAAUAUACGAAUUAGCUAUUCAACAACCGCGUUUGGAUAUGCCUGAAUUGCUCUGGAAAAGUUACAUCGACUUCGAAGUUCAGCAGAGUGAAUUCGAUUUGGCCCGACAACUUUACGAAAGAUUGCUAGAACGGACAACUCACGUUAAGGUGUGGAUAUCGUAUGCCAAAUUUGAAAUGUCAGCUGAAAAUGAGGAUGAAUCCUUGAAUGUACCGUUGUCUCGUCGAGUUUACGAACGCGCAAACGAUAGCUUGAAAAAUGCCGCAGAAAAAGAAAGUCGGGUCUUGGUGCUGGAGGCAUGGCGGGACUUUGAAAAAGAGCAUGGAGAUGACGACAGCCUAAGAAAGGUGAUGGCGAAAAUGCCUCGACGUGUCAAGAAACGACAGAAAAUUGUUUCAGAAUCAGGCGUCGAGGAAGGCUGGGAGGAAGUGUUUGAUUUCAUCUUUCCGGAGGAUGAGAUGGCACGUCCGAAUCUGAAGCUCCUGGCUGCAGCCAAGAACUGGAAGAAGCAGAAAGAUGUUCCUGCGGCGGACAGUGCUAAUCCCGAUGAAAGAGCUUCUCCACAGGAAGGUUCGGAUGAAUCUAACGUUGCGAAUGGCGAUAGUUCAAUGCAAGCAUGUUCUUAAUCGACUACAGUAAAACAAGGAAUUUAAAAAUUAUGUUUUGAAUUAUCAAUUACUUAUCAGAGAAAACCCAUUAAAAGUAAUAAUU